GAAAACAAUGACUUUUCCGUCAAAUAAUGGCUUUAGAAGUGUUAUCAACCGAGCUGGUGCUUGAGAUAUUCUCCUACCUUCCUCAAUCCGCGUUUGCAAGCCUGUCUGUCUCUAUGCUGAAGAAAGCUCCAUGACUUGGCCGAACCACGGCUCUACAGCACCCUCAUUCAAUGCCGAAAUAACGCUCUGCAGCAGUUUUUGCGCUCCAUAUAUCUCAAGCCCUAUCGUGCGAGGUAUGUAAGACAUAUUAGUGCAAAGGCUUGGGACUACCAAGCAGUCGUCUCCACGAGAUUCCUGGAUGUUGAUCAAUCAGGUCCGCGUGUGAGACCAAACCUCCAGAUUCAACAGCUUCUUCCAGAACAAGUCUUCGGGAAAAGACAUUGCGAGAAAUGGUAUAGGGCAACUUUUACACAUCGGGGAUGGGAUGCUAUGUUUGCCCUUCUCUUGGUGCUAUGUACAAGAUUGGAGUCAGUCGACAUUUGCCUCUACGACGAUGAUAUGUAUCCAUUCAGCAGACGGUCCUUGGAUAAGGCACAGGAAUCUCAACACAGUACGCACCCUCGGCAAUACCUUUCAAGCUUUCGUCGACUAUAUAUUACGAGUGCAGGUACUUCAUGCAGCACAGGACUUCUUCGCAGCUUGGCUUUAUUCCUCAGAUUGGACUCGAUUGUGGAGUUUCAUGGAGUUGGAAUAGAGUACGGAUGGGCGGACUCACUCAAGCUUGACACUUGUGAAAAUAAACCGAGCUUUCGCACCACCAAAGUCACCCUGAAGAACAAUUUUGUGCCAUAUGGGAGGGGUGGCGUUCUCACCCAAAUCCUUCUGGGUUUCAACAAUAUGAAAAGCUUCAGUUGUGAAGGUACCAUAGGCGUACCCCGCACAACUUACCAAUAUGAGGAUUGGACUAUCGUAAAUGGACUUAUGAAUUCGAGACAUAGUCUUGAAGAGCUUUCUCUCUCCAGUCUGUGGGAGCGAAUGGCACGACGGCAUAAUUCAGCAACAUGGUCUCCUAUCACUUCAUUGAAGCACUUCAGCAAGUUGAGGUCAGUUAUCCUUCCGGUUAUGGCGUUUCUUGCUCAAUAUUUUGUUCCCACUGAUUAGAUACGCAUACGUCUAGAGCUUGAUUCCUGGAUGUUUUUCUACGCAACGGCAUCUUCACUCAAUCACGACUACACAGCCCCGGGCUGGCUUUCAGUUUUACUCCCGGAGUCUUUGGAACAACUCUCAAUUAUAGAAAUUAGCGGAACAGACUUAGAGAAGCUGUUAACCACGUUUACUUCGGCGGUGUCCAUACCAGGAAAUUUGAAGUUGUUGAAAAUAACCUCCGAUUCGUCGAAUAAAGUUAUUGCAGAGGAGGCUUUGUUGUCCAGUCUACGAGACGUAACUCAUAGCCUUGGAAUAUCCAUGAUUCGAGAAAUGAGUGUGAGUUAGAUUUGUCUGUGGAGGAUUUUGCAGUCGUCGGCAGUUCUUGCGACGAGCUCAAUCGGCCCAGAAUGCGACACUUCUUGCAAAUAUUCCUACACGCUUUUUGGAUAAUGGUGAUUGUGCUAUCUUUCACUCGUUCCCCUGGGGUUGGAAAUUCCGGAGUGGAUGGGAUUGGUGUCCUAGCUGCCUAGCAUACCUACUCUCGAGCUGCUGCAGCUUGCUGUGGGGCCUGACGCCCCAUUGUCCCCUCGCUAAACUUUGCAGUGUUUACCUGGCGGAGCGAUAUGCUCGGCAGCAUUGUACCAUCAAUAGCUAUUGUCAUUCAGCAUGGAAAUGAACGAUUUUUCUGAAAAUUGACCGUCCUAUAGAUCUUUAUUUUCCCCCUUUGCUACAUCCUCCCACCCGUGGGGAGGUGGUAUGUGGAUAUCUUAGCGAACGUCAACACGCGAGACUCAUAUGCCAAGACAUAAGGGGCAUAAUAAAUCGUGUCUCUCUGUCUGAUUCCAAUGCGAGAAACACACAUAUGUUUUCUCGAGUGAUAGGAGGCUAAUCAGAAUUUAGCACUACGAUAACAGCGAACAGUCCCCAAUUCAGAGUUCGGUCUGCGAAAACUGCACGAUCACGUCAGUGGCGUCGAGGAUGGGAGCAGCACUCAAUGUUGUUGGAGAAUCAUACACCUCCAGCCGCCUCUCUUAGAAGAAUUUGAAUCACGAAAACAAUUGAGUUGUAGACCCAUUGGCUCUAUUAAUUGGGCAUUUCGUUAGGCAGAGCAGGCAUUUCAUGCCCUUGGGCGGGGCGGGACGGCGACAAGCCCCCACAAGUCAAGCCUCAAUCGGGCUGUGAUCUACUGUAAGCAAGGCUCACCAAUAGAUUCCUUGACUGGACCUCACCGAAGUCCAUUUUGGCUCACAACAUCAUCCUCACGAGAUCCAUGAUAUCGUCAUAUGGUCGUGCCUCUAUUCGGUGUCGUUUCGACCGUCCCGAAGUAUAAUAUCAUGGAGAUCCGCCCCAGCUAUUGGUAGCCUGCCACUCUUGGACAUUGGUGACUUCACAGCUUGCUUCUGGGUGUUGCCAUUGAGCAUUCCAUCCACUACCAUCGCAAACCCACUCUUGCUUACCAUGGAAUUUGAUACAACCCGAGCAAGCUUCUCCUUUGAUGCAAAGCCUUCUGGAUUUAAGGAGGACAUACGGAGAAGCAAUAUUGUCGACCCUGGGAGCCAUGAUUUGAUAGUCAAUGCUCUCUCACAGGCAGCAUUUACGAGCAGGGCCUUGGCAGUGCCUUCCGACAAGCAAAUGUCCCCGCAAGACGUCUCCUACCCACGCUACAUCACAAAUCGUAGCUGCGACAGUUCAACCAUGUUACCGCUUAGCACAAGUUCAGCUUCAAACGAGCUUAGUCUAAGAUCCCAUUCUCCGCCUAAUUAUGAGAAAGUACUCUGGAAAUCAUCCGCGACUCACGACCAGCUCGACCAGACUCCCAAUGGAAACUGGGAUUCUGCCAGUACCCAAGCUAUCAUGACCCCACUUCAAAGCCUUAAUACCCUCUCUCCGGAAAGCUAUGAGCAGGGCGGAUUCAACAUGACUUCUGGUUCCGAUGCCACAUUCAGCCAGUGUGCUGCAUUCAUACAACCCGGUUUUGCUUGUACAAGCAAACCUUCUCCUCGAAGCAACCUAGCCCUUACUCUUUCAGUCAAUGAUCAGCUGGGCAUUACUGAAAAUGGAUUUUAUCAGUUUGGUCUUCCAAAUCAAGCAGUGUCAUCAGCAGAUUAUUUUUCCAUUCCGAAUCAACAACAAUUGGCACCAUAUCAUAUUGACGAACAAUUUUUUCCAUCGUCCAGCUUCGGCUCUCCCGUCGGACAGUCCCUUAAUACUGGUACUGGGAGGAUAUCAAAAAUACCAGACAUAGAGUACGAACUCAAGAUUCAGCCAGAGUCAACAAUACUUGACGUAUGCGAGCUGCAAAUUCCUCCACCUCUCCCGUCUCAGGAUGAGAUGAUGGUGAACUUCAGUCUUCGACCCGAGCCUCCUAUCACAAAGCGCUCAAGGAAAUCCUAUUCGAAAGAAGGGAAGAGGAAAGUGCAUGCAGUCCGAGCCAGUGGAGCUUGCACAUGCUGCAAGGCUCGCAAGUUACCCUGCUCUCCUAAUGGUGUCUGUGAGACAUGCCUGAAACAUGUCAAUAAUCGCUCACUGGCAGCUCGCAUCUGCAUACGAACUAAGAUGAAAGAUGACUACAUUGGUGUGAGGGAUCUCCACCAAAGUCUGCCUAGGCGCAAGGCCAACCUUGAACCUCUAACAUCGUCACUGACUGGCUUGCCAAUACACGUCCAACUUUGCGUGAAAUCCGAGCUUGGGAUCGGUGGAGAUAUAGCUCAGCUGGAUCUUGAAGUCAUGCGGUGCAGUUCGUCUCCGUAUUGUCGCUGGAAGAGACUUGAGAGAUCAAGUGGCAUCUUGGUCACGUCCGACACCACAUACGAUGAACGCUAUGUGAUUGUUCCCGCUUCUAUCCCCAGCGUUGACGACUUCGACAACUUCGGAAGGCAGAUUCUUCUUAUGCAAUUUAGUUCUCAUUCUGGAGCAAUCACAUGGUACCUAGAUAGAUUUCUAUCUGUAUACUGUAGUAGACCACAACCGUCAAGCAUGCGGUCUCUUGCAAACUUGACCUCAAGAAUAGCCAGCUUGAACAACCUUGUCGCUUACGGAUUUCUUAAUCUCCAUGACGGCAGCUUUGAUCUUCUCAGCCGACCUCUCGGACAGCUCAACCAGGAGAGAUAUGUAUCGGAGACGAUCCAUGACCAAGUUCGUGUUCGUGUCGCCGAAGGACUUGGGCCAGCCGAGCGUCUUAUGGCAUCUGAGCUAGACAAGCUCAUGAAAAUAGUUGGAGCCGGAAAACAUGCUCGGAUCAUCGCUGGAAUUUGCUUGUUGAGGCUGGUACUGAUAUACAGAGAUCGAUUGGUCAGAGAUGAGAUCAGGAUCUCACUGCCGAAUAAUAAAACCCAUCACCAAUAUCGCCUCGAUAAAGCUGCAUCGUUCUACAGACGACUCACAGCUUCGUAUUGGACACUGUGUCGGGAAAAGGACACACCCCUAACGCUAGAGUGGGAGGAUGAGGCUGGUGCUUCAGCGGGCGAGCGAGAUGCAGCACUAGAGGAUGCAUAUUUGCAGCUCCAGCCUGUUUUUCUGCAAUUUUGUGAGGAAAGGCUGUGUCGUCAAUACGACCAUGACUUCCAGGAACUGAUUGCAAAGCCUCUGAUGACUCAGCAUCCACGCAAGAAACGGAGAACUGCUCGUUGAAAAUCAAGCUCUGGUAUGACGAAGUCAAGCCAAGCCCAUGUGGGCUCACAUCCAUUAUACGAAACUUGAUAGCUGUCGUGUUGGACUUUCGCCGAUCUUUCGAAUGUGAGGAAAC